CCACAUACCGCAGAUCUGAUAUAAAGAGAGAAUGGCAUCGAGCGAUUGGGACGCAUCAUCUGAUGACGGAGCUGCUCCAGUCAGCAAGGCCGCCGCUCCUAAUUCAACCACAAAAGCAAAUGUACCAGCUUAUGGCCGUAAACGCUUCGAUGAUGAAGAUGUUGAAGAUGACGUAAAGGAUGAUUGGGAUGCAGAAGAUGAAGAACCCGAAAAGCCAGAUGUGAGUAAUUUGGCACCGAUUAAAAAGAAGAGUACGGUAAAGCAAAAGAUUAAAGAACGUGAAGAACGUGAAAGACGGCAAGCCGAAUUAGGACUUGAUAGUGAUGAAGAAGAUGAAGAGGAAGAAGAUCCACUAGAACGUAGAAGGCGAGAACGAGAAGCGCAAAUAAAGGCUGAUGUUGAAAAUGCGGCAAACUUGUUGGGUACUUCAAAGAUUAGCAAUACAGCUUCCGUAGAUGCUUCUCUAAAACCGACAAAGCUGUCAACAAAAGAGGAAUGGGAAGAAUUUUCGGAUAAUCUAUACAAAUCUCUCAUCAAACAACACUCAACCAAACCUGGUUAUGACAAACACUUUAUCCCUCAUUUCGCAAAAUUAUUAUCAGAAAACUUACGCGAUGUUGAUUGUCGCAAACAAAGCACGACAUGGAAGAAUAUAGCUGACGAGAAAACCCGUGCAGAGAAAGAAAAGAAAUCUGGUGGUGGUGUGACGAAAGCAACAAAAGCUGCCAAGCCCAAAACUGUCGGAACAGCAAGCGCAAAGAACACUAUUGACAUGCGUGCUUAUGGCGAUGAAGCUUUGGAUGAUGGUGAUGAUCUCGACUUUAUGUGAUCAGAACCAAACGCGCAGAGUUACACAUGUAAAAAGAUGACUGUAUUUCGGAUAGAUGUCAUGAAUUAAUAUAUUAUACAUUUUGUACAAC